GGGAUGAACAGGCAUGGGGGUGGGGACUGUGCAGGCGCUGGAGGGGCUCUCGUCCUGUGCGGUGCUGAGGAAGGAGCACAACACCCCUCCCCCCAUCCUCUGGCCUCUAAGGAACUCAUCAGUCCAUGUGGGACAUUCAGAUCUGUUCACAAGUGCCCACAAGGACUGCCCCAUGCCCCAGGGCACGGGCCCCCUGAACCCAGACUUGCCCUCCAGCCGUCCCCCCACUGUGGCUCCAGACCAUGUCACUGGCAAGGACAAACAGAUGGAUUUCUGUUGGGAUCCUUGGCAGAGGUGCUUCCAGACCACCAACGGCUACCUGUCCGACUCCAGGUCCUGCUCCAGCAACUACAACGUGGCAGCUCUGGCCACCUCGUCCCUUGUGGGGGUGGUGCAGAGCAUCAAGGACCACAUCACCAAGCCCACGGCCAUGGCGCGGGGCCGCGUGGCCCACCUCAUCGAGUGGAAGGGCUGGCGUGCCCAGCGCUCAGGCUGGGAGCCCUCCGCGGCGGCGGAGGAGCACUACUGCUGCCUUCCAGACGAGCUGCGGGAGGCCCGCUUUGCGGCAGGGGUUGCCGAACAGUUUGCUAUCACGGAGGCCACACUGAGCGCCUGGUCCUCGCUGGACAACGAGGAGCUUGACCCCGAGAACAGCUCUGAGGACAUCGUCCAGCUACAGGACCUGGAGAGCGUCUACCUUCAGGACAGUCUUCUGAGCGGCCCCUCGCAGGAUGACAGUCUUCUGGCCUUCUCCUCCCCUGGCCUCUCCCCCGAUGAGCCCCCCACCACAGCCGCCAGCCCCCAGCCCCCCAGCCCGGAACAGCAGCACCGGCGGCGGCUGCCCGAGGGUGGGGCCCGCCUGCAGGGCUCCCUCCCGUCCGUGGACAGCAUGUCCCUCUCCGAGGAGGAGGACGAGGUGUUCUACAACUGAGGGGGGGCCUAGACGGUUCAGAGCCACCUCCCACUGUGCCCUUGCCUGGGGGGGGCAACCCAGGCCUUACCAGGACGCUGGGGUCUGGGCUGGGCAUCCCUUGACCCCUCAGGGCAGGCAGAGGGCGGGUGCAGCAGGGAGGGGGGCGGCACUCCCAUGGACCACCGUGUGCCUCCGUAGACCUGCCCCAGCAGUGGGAGCCAUAACCCCCUUCUCCCUUCUUUGCUCGGCUCAGGUGGGCACCUUCCCCACAGGGUUUCCGCCACUGAUGAGCUCCAGGGCUCUGCGCAGACACCAGGGCAAGCUGCCCAGAGGCGCCUGCUGCCGGGCCCCCAGGCAGACAGCCGCAGAAGGGCCUAUGAGACCCACUCGGAGUGGGACCUGGGGACCCUGCCUUGACCCCUGGGCCCAGUCCCUCCUCUUCCCUCUGUGUCCGUGCCCCCCACCCCCACCCCUGGAGGUGGGGCAGCCUCUCUGGUAGCUAAGUGUCUAUUCCUCAGCCCCCUUCACGAGAAUCUGUCCCUGAAAGGUCUGGUCACCCCUCACUCUCUGAACCUGCUCCCUGGUGCCCCUACGCCCUUCCCUGCACCCUCCUCCCAUACCCCUGAAGGUUCUCUGCAGACAUUAAAGUGGUGGAUUCACCCACUGAA